AUGUCAAAGGAACAAGAGUCUGGGGACCACACCCUAGCAAAGCCAGAGAAAGCCCAGGUGGUGAGCCGACUCUUGAAGCAGGCGCCGCCUGGAGAGUUCAACGAGGCCUUCAGUGACCUGCGCAUGCUGGUGGAUGACGACACCAUGAUGUGUGAGGAGGUGGCCAGCCUUUGCGCUGUGCACAACAAAGAUAAUUUCAUUCCAGUCAAAAGCAAAAAGUGCGAGGUGUUGCUGACCCGUCACAAUGAGCUGGAGGAGAACCGCUUCCUAGACCCUCAGAACAGAGUCUCCUUCAAGUACGACCACCUGACGAGAGUGCCGAGCAAUUUCCAGGAUCAACCCGAGGAGGAUGAGAAAGGUGAAGUGUGGAGGAGAGCACUUCAAGAGGCUUUGAAGGUCUAUGUCGGCAACCACUACCCUGAGGGGCUUUGCAGCGUUUUCAUCAAGGACACAGCUGUCCGGAAGAUCUUUGUGGCUUGCAUCGGGAGCCACCGAUACAAGCCCUCUUCUUUCUGGAAUGGCCUGUGGAAGUCGGAAUGGACUUUUGCAUUGGCACCGGCCUCCACUUCUACCGAGGUGUCUGGCACCAUCAUGGUUCAAGCCCAUUACUUUGAGGAUGGCAACACACACCUGACGGUCGUCAAGGACGUCGAGGAGACCCUGCUGGUCACGGAUGAGACCCAAACAGCACAAGACUUUGCGAAGCUGGUGGAGAAGGCGGAAAACGAGAUCCAAGGCGGGCUGAUGGAAGAAUAUAAGCAGAUGAACGGCACAUACCUGAAGUCCUUUCGGAGACAGCUGCCCAUCACCCGCACCAGCCUUGACUGGGAGAAGGUUGUGACGACCAGGAUUGUUGCGGCUCGUGCUAGUCAGUGA